CCGCCGCCACCGCGCUGUCGCCCGCCGACCUCGCUGCCGUGGAGGACGCGACGCGUAGGCGAGAGGCGGUGCUGCGCCAGCACACGUUCUUCCUGCUCAGGGUGCUGCUUCGCCGUGGAGUCGACCUCGCACCGCGGGACAAGGCGGGCACGAGCGACCCGUACGUCAAGUUCAAGGUGGGCGGGCGGCUGCUGUACAAGUCGCGCACCAUCUACCGCGACCUCAACCCCGUGUGGGACGAGUCCUUCUGCCUGCCCAUCGAGGACCCCUUCACGCCCGUCCACAUCAAGGUGUUUGAUUAUGACUGGGGCCUGCAGGACGACUUCAUGGGCUCCGCCUACCUCGACGUCAGCAAGCUUGACCUGGGCAGGGCGACCGAGAUAACGCUACCGCUCCGGGACCCGGCCAAGACGACGGAGUACCUGGGCGAGCUGCAGCUCACGGCGACGCUGUGGCCCCGCUCCCAGGAGGACAAGGAACAGUAUUUCCAGCGUAACACUAAACUGAGUGAUGUUAAUCGCCGCCUGAAGAGCCAAAUCUGGAGUUCUGUAGUAACAAUCGUUCUUGUGGAAGGGAAGAAUCUCCUGCCAAUGGACAUUGAUGGCUUCAGUGACCCAUAUGCCAAGUUCAGACUUGGCAAUGAGAAAUAUAAGAGCAAAGUAGUCUAUAAAAGCCUUAAUCCUAGUUGGCUAGAACAGUUUGAUCUGCAUAUGUAUGAUGAUCAGUCACAAGAAUUGGAAAUAACAAUUUGGGAUAAAGAUCGCUCUAAAGAUGAUUUUAUGGGCAGAUGUAUGAUAGAUUUAACAAACUUUGAACGAGAAAAGACUCAUCGUAUCUGGCAAGAGCUUGAGGAUGGAGCUGGUUCCAUAUUUCUGUUGUUGACAAUAAGUGGUACAACAGCAUCUGAGACAAUCUCAGAUCUUACAACUUAUGAAGAAAAUCCUAAGGAAAGAGAAAAGUUGCACCAUCGAUAUGCUCUUGUGAAUAGUUUGCAGAAUCUACGUGAUGUUGGUCACUUGACUGUAAAAGUUUUCAGAGCUCAAGGUCUGGCAGCAGCAGAUCUUGGUGGAAAAUCAGAUCCAUUCUGUGUGCUUGAACUUGUAAAUGCUCGUUUACAGACACAGACAGAGUAUAAGACACUGUCACCAUCAUGGCAGAAGAUAUUCACAUUCAAUGUGAAAGAUAUCAACUCUGUGCUGGAAGUAACUGUAUAUGAUGAAGACAGGGAUCAUAAAGUUGAGUUCCUAGGAAAAGUGGCAAUCCCACUCCUAAGGAUAAGAAAUGGGGAGAAAAAGUGGUAUGCCCUAAAAGACAAGAAACUACAUGGACGAGCUAAAGGAAACUGUCCACAAAUAUUAUUGGAAAUGACUGUGAUCUGGAAUCCUAUUCGUGCAAGUGUGAGAACAUUAAAUCCAAAAGAAGAAAAAUAUAUGCAAGGAGAAGUAAAAUUCAAACGCCAAGUCUUUGUCAGGAAUGUAAUGAGGCUAAAGGCAAUCAUUAUGAACAUCAUAGACAUAACAAAAUAUGUUCAGAGCUGUUUUGAGUGGGAAUCGACACCAAGAAGUAUUAUAUCAUUUGUGAUUUUCAUAUUUCUGUGUUACUAUUUUGAGCCAUAUAUGAUUCCAGUAGCACUGCUGCUGAUCUUCUUCAAGUCAUAUAUAGUCAUGUCACUGACUGGCAGCUGGACAGUACAUGAUGAAGAUGAAGAGCCACUUGGGGAUGAUGAUGAUGAAGAAGAUGACAAAGAUAAGGAGGAGAAGAAGAGCCUGAAGGAAAGGCUGCAGGCCAUUCAGGAAGUGACACAAAGUGUUCAGAAUGCUAUAGGGUACAUUGCAUCAUUAGGGGAGAGCAUCAAAAACACAUUCAACUUUACUGUCCCAUACUUAUCAGCCCUGGCAAUCAUGAUGUGCUUAGCUGGGGCCAUCGUUCUGUACCUUGUGCCAGUUCGAUACCUUAUAAUGGCAUGGGGAAUCAACAAAUUUUCUCGAAAGCUGGUUCGCCCUCAUACCGUCCCUAAUAAUGAAGUACUGGACCUGCUGUCUAGAGUACCUGAUGAUGAGGAUCUGAUUGCUUACAGGGAACUGAAACCUCAUCCCACCAGUGAUCUUGAAAGGCGGAGAGAUCAAAAGAAGAAACAUAAAGUCUCGUAACCUCUGCCAGUGGUGUUUGACACAAGGUGCACAGCAGUGGUACAUAUGUCACAAGCAUUAUGUGAAUCCUGAGGGGUGAAUCAUUCAUUCACUCCAUACACUGAAGAACCUUGUGAGGUUAAAACUACAGUCAUGCAUAUUCUGAGAGUAUACUUCAGUCAUUCUGAUUCCCUUAUGUAAGACUCUGUGUGCAUAUAACUGUGAUGAGACUGACUUAUUAUCCUUACAACCUCAUAGCCUUUUUUAUUUAUGGACUGUUCACAUUUUUUACUAUUAACAUUCCUACUUUAAUACUUCCAGUUUCAUUAAAAAUAACUCUAAUUCCAUGUAUGUUUGUAGUGACUGGUCUCUGUUUCUGAUUGGUCUAGCUCUGUGUGUGUGUGUGUGUGUGUGUGUGUGUGAGGUACAAGUUUUGUCAGUUUUUUGGAAACUUACUUUUAGUAAAAAUGAGAACAGAGAAGAAAGAGAAUGCAAUGAUAUGAGCAUAGUGUUAGGAUUUUCAUAUUCCAGCUUUGUAAAGGGUCUCAAAAAUUUUUAAUAUGUGGCCUAAUAAAUUUUUUAAGCACUCAUAUUCAGAUCCUUAAAUAAUACUGUUUAUGUUAAGAGGUAAUUUGAAUUGUUAUUACAUAAGCACAAUAUUAAAAAUCUAUCUUUUACUCUGAGAUUUGCCCACAUUGAAAUGCUUUUACAACUGCACAAAAGUGUGUCUAAGCCAAAGUAAGUGCCAUGCAGUGCAGUUCAUAUAUGCAGUGCUUCUAUAUAUAUAUGUCAUUGUCUUCCUGAAUUCUGUUACUGCAAGGAUACAGAAUUGAAAAUUCUUUUUAUGAAAAGAAAUAUUGAUCUGCACAAAUGCUAUUCUUCCUUGCCAGACAAUUUUGUUGUGUGUAAAGAAUUCUUCUUCAUUUUUCUGUUUUUGUUUUCCGUCACUGUGUUACACAAAUUUUAAAAGGACAAAUAGUGCUGUAAAUGUUCCUUCUGGGUUUUAAUAAAGCUGUAACUGACAGUGCUUUUUGUAUGAACUUGUUUUUGUCUACAGAAUUUUAAAAUAAUAAUAAAUGUUACAUAUAAUGAACAAUAUGAGUACAGUAUAAAAUAUGACAGUUAAUUCAGAUGGAACACCAAGCUAAAAGAGAAGAUAACUUGUAUAAACAAAUAAAAUAUUAUGAAUAUGAGAGCAGCAGUAUAAUUAUAUUGUCAAGUGAUUUGUGACUGCAUCACUGCAUUAGAAAAUAUUUGCUUAUAAAAUAUUCACAUCAUGUGUACCUUAAAUAGAUAUUACCAGAGCAGUGCAGCCAAGCACCUGUUUCUAAAUAAAACAUUAAAAAAAUGUUUCUUGUAGUGACAGAGUCUCAUGUGUGGAGGCUUGGCAUAAAAUACUGUCAAAUGGAGGAGCUUACAACAAGAGAAAUAUUUAAAUGUAUUUUGUUAUAGUUUAUAAACUUUAGCAUUUUCAUCAAGUAACUGCUUUUGAAAAAAAUGUGGAACAUCUUCAGAUCUAUUACAGAUAAAUAAGAGGCAUGGUAAUUAACUUCAUAUACUGUGUAUAAUUUUAUCUUUGUAACAACUCUUUUUAGAAGUACUGAUUUUGUCAUCUUGGUGUCCAUUACAUAGACAGUGACACCUCUGAAUUUCUUCUUAAUGUAUAUCUCUCCACUCUUCUAUAAAUCCAGCUACAUCUAUUCUGUGUAUCUUAUGGCCACUUGAGUGCUGUGCACAUUACCUGCAAAUGGUUGGCUGCUCUGCUGUUGGCUUCAGCAAGUACGCUGUUUUACUUCAUCAAAUGUGUGUAAUACAAAAUCUUAAACAUGGCUGCAAAUUAGCAACUGUGUAAAUCUUAAGAAGUUGGAAAAACUCAGCCAACCAGGUGCAAAACAAAGGUUUACUAGCCCUUGACCCAAGUUUCGAUAUUUUUAAAAAUAUCUUCUGCAGAAGGAGUGGGCCUUGUUACAUAACAUGAUGGUACAUUAAAACAGCUGAAGCAGAGUGGCUCUUGCCAUAUAUAAAAUUGACAAAUUACCCCAAGCCGUAGCUUUAGAUAGCAGCCAGUUUACAUUUAGUAUACUCCAGAAUGAAUGCUCACUGGUAAAUGUCCACAGGUAGAGGCUUUUGAAAACGUAAAAUUAUAACAGGAGUUACAGGAUAAAAUGUUUGUCUGUGGUAAGUAUACAUCAUGCUAGAGACAGAGCCUCUGGGAUUUCCUGGUGAGCAUUCAUUCUGAAGUACAGUAAAUGUAAUCUGGCUGCUAUCUAAAGCCAUGGCUUGGGAUAAUUCUUGUUUUUGUCAAUUUCAUGUAUGAUAAGAGACACUUGGUUUCAGCUAUUCUAAUGUACCAUCAUGUGAUGUAACAAGGCCCACUCCUUCUGAAGAAAAUAUUUUUAGAAAUAUCAAAACCUACAUCAAAAGAUAAUAAGGGCUAGACGGCCGGAGUGGCCGUGCAGUUCCAUACGCUACAGUCUGGAGCCGAGCGACCGCUACGAUCGCAGGUUCGAAUCCUGCCUCGGGCAUGGAUGUGUGUAAUGUUCUUAGGUUAGUUAGGUUUAAUUAGUUCUAAGUUCUAGGUGACUGAUGACCUCAGAAGUUAAGUUGCAUAGUGCUCAGAGCCAUUUGAGCCAAUAAGGGCUAAUAAACCCUGGUUCUGCAACUGGUUGGCUGAUUUUUUUAACCUCUUCAUGUGUGUAUUAGGUUGGUUAGAGACCAUCACACUUAGUGAGACUUUUACCUUUAACAGAUCUGAAGAACUUGAGUACAUCUACAAUAAAGGAAGACACUGUAAAAGAAGCGUAACAUUAGACUGUAACAAAAAAUAUUUCAGUUAGUGAUGUUCUGAAUUUCAUUCUUCAAUAUUGUAUUAUUUUUCGCUAUAUAAAAACAGAGAUCAAUUGUACCCUGUCUUUUAUCAUAUAUUGUGAUUAAGUUCAAUAUCUGCCAACUUUAUGUGCUAUUAUUUAAAUCUUUUAUGAACAUGCAAUUUCAAAACACAAUUUUGUUAUCUCCCUUAUUAGCAUAAAAGUAAGAUUUACUCAAAUUAAUCCAUCUUUUUUAAGUUUAAUGUAGCUAAAGAAGUCAAUUAUGCAUUGGAAAAAGGUCCCUCAUAAUUCUGCUGUAAUAGAUGGGAGUAUCCAUUUUUGCUUUCAUGGAUAUGUUCAUUAUCUCCAUGCUGAAAUAAAAUAACUGCUGAAAUUAUUGUCUCAAUUGUGUUAUACUGGUACUAAUUGGGGUGGGUGGGGGAAGGGAGAAUGCAUAAAUAGGACUAGGAUGGUGGAGCUAAAAGUUUUGUUCAAAUUGUAACGAGUAAGGAACAACUUCAAAGACACCACAGUGUGAGAGUGGUAUUACUGUAAUUUAUGAUGUCAAAUAAUCCAGUUGUAAUGCAUUGAUGCUAUUACAUAUGCACUGUUCACAAAUGUUUUACCUACUUACUAUUCUGAGCAUAAGUAUGUCAUACAUUCAUUACAUUCCUUAUGACAAUAUUUAUUUUUUUAUUUGUUACUCUUUAUUAUAGUUAAAAAAAUCUAGUCUCUCUGUUAAUGUAAAUAUGGAGCUAAAAUUGUUGUGUUAAUGGUGAAAA